GGCAGCCCCGCGCGCACUUCUCUUCCUCAAGCACAUCUCAUCAUCGCUCCGCUCACAGCUCACACAUGCACUCCCCAUCAAGAAUAGUGCAACGCUGACCCCAUUGGCUGCCGCACUGAGUCGACAAGCACUCUGGACACAGGCUCACACAGGCUCACACCACUCUGGGAGAGCUGGUCGAGCCUAACCGGCAGCAGAGAAAAAAAGGGCACGCACGACACGGCACGGCACAACCCAACCCACGGGUUUGUGUGACCUCGGGCCAAGAUGCCGGCCAUGAUGGAUGAUCCCGCCUCUCCCACCAUCUACCGCGUGACGGGAGAACCGCCAUACCCGGAUCCCAAUCACCCAUCACUGCCGGCCACCAUCGUCCCCCGUCAGGUGACCCUGCGGGACAGGCAGACCGUCGCCACCAUUGUGCCAUUUGUGUCUCGCCAUCAGGUGCCCCACUCGCUCCUCAAGUACAUGAGCGACCAGUUCGCCAAGGAGGUCAACAAUGGGGACACGUAUCCCAUGAUCGAGCCCAUGCCCUUUGACAAGUUUGCGUCGUACUGGUUCCAGAACUUUGGUGCAAUCAUGCUGCUGGGCAAGAUCGAGAGGCCAGAGGACGUGGUCGACGAGAAGGACUGGUCCAAGGAGUGUCUCGGCAGCUUCUACAUCAAGCCCAACUACCCAGGCCGCAGCUCCCAUGUCUGCAACGCCGGCUUCCUGGUGACGGAUGCUGCGAGGAACCGUGGUGUGGGCCGGCUGAUGGGCGAGGCCUACCUUGACUAUGCGCCGAAGCUGGGCUACACGUACUCGGUCUUCAACCUCGUCUACGAGACCAACGUGGCAUCGUGCAAGAUCUGGGACGCCCUCGGCUUCAAGCGCAUCGGCAGGGUCAAGGGCUGCGGCAACCUCAAGAGCUACCCGGGGCGGCUCAUCGACGCCAUCAUCUACGGACGAGACCUCUCGGUCGACGAAAACAGCGAGGAACUUGUGAGUGAAGAACGAUUCGACAAGAUCAAGUUCUAUCUCAAAUACGGUAAAUACCCCAACGGCGCUGACCGGGCCGAGAAAAGCAGGCUCCGGAGCGCCGCGACACACUACAAGCUGCUUGAAGACGACAAGCUCAUGCUCAAGGACAAGGAGGUCAUCUCGGACCCCCAGCGGCAGUACGACAUCUCCCGCCAGGUCCACUCGCUGCACCACGGCGGCAUCAACAAGACCACCGCCUCCAUUGCUGAAAAGUACCACUGGAGCCGCAUUAAAGAAACCGUCUCCGAUGUAAUUAGGGCCUGUGCCGAAUGCAAAGACUCGUCAAAGUCGCUUCCUGGCUUGGCCCACGGCAGCUCUGUCCACCAGAAGAAGCCGCCCACGCCAAGCCGGAAACAAAGUGAUGCCAGUACCCCCCCGGCUGCUCCUGCGCCGGCUGCCACCGUGUCAUCUGCGCCCGUGAUCCCGGCCAUCGCCAAUAUUGUCACGUCGUCGACUGUGCCAGCCCGGACAGGUAGAGAAGAGCCCGGACACGCCAACUCCCACGCCCACCUGCCCGGCUUCUCCCCGGUCUCCCCGGCUCCAUACCACCCGGUCCAUCAUGAUGACAUGUCCGUGAGUUAUCCGGCACAGACCUUGCACACGCCGACAGACUCGCCUGUGCCGCAGCAUGCCCCCCUGCCGCAUCAUAACCAGCAACACCACAAUGUGAUGAUCCGGCACCCACACAUCGCGUCACUUCAGCAGCACCAUACCCUGCACAGGCACUCCCCCGUCUCGCACUCGCUCUCCCUCGUGCACCCCCCUCCCUACCAGCCCAUAGACCCACAGAUCAUCAACCAGCACCCCCCAAGCCACCCUUCGCCGUCCUCCUAUGCGCACCACCACCCGGUCCCGGUCCCGGUCCCGGUCUCCGUCCACCACCAGCACCAGCACCAGCACCACCACCACGACCCGUACCACGCGUACCACCCGGACGCGGAAGCAAACAGCUUCCAGGACCUGCUCGCCGUCGGGCACCACAGCCACGCCGACGGCGCCGAGGAUGAUGCGGUAGAUCGUGACCUAGACAUGAUACUCAUGGAGCAGACUGACGACGACGGCCCGGACGAGGCAAGUGCCCGGAUGGACGUCGACGGCCUCGACGUGGACGUGGACGUGGGGGUCGGCGUCGGCGUCGGCGUCGGCGUUGAGCUGGCCGGCGGCGGGGUGGAGCAUGACGACCUCUCCAAGAUGAGCGUCGGCCAUGUCCUCGCGACGCCCGAGCCCGACGACCAGGUCGGCGUGGACGUCGAGGACGGCAGGCCGGGAUCAGGCCACAAGGACAAGGAGGACGCUGGUGUUUUUGGAAUUGGUUACACUGCUGCUGGGUGAUGCAUGUGGAUGAUGGAUGAUAUCUGCAUCUACAAGAUCUGGCACAGAAAAAAGGAGGGCAGAUGUUGCUUCAUACAUGCAGGCGUAAGCAAUUUGUCGAUGGACAAGCAAGUGCCUGAUAAAGCAUGGCUGCAGGAACGGGAGGUAAUCACAUGCAUGGAAAUUGAGAUACCCAAUAGAAUAUUUCAAAAGUUCAAAAAUGUUC